UCAACGAUAAGAUUAAGAUGCCGAGUUUUAAGGACAAAGUGAUCAUUAUAACAGGUGCCAGCUCUGGCAUCGGAGCAGCAACUGCCGUGCACUUGGCCAGUCUUGGAGGAAAGCUUGUGAUUGUAGGGCGUAAUGUGAAGAAGCUGAAGGAAACUGCCGACAAUAUUCUGGCAGUAGGAGGAUCAGCUGCGCUUCAACUAGAAGUAGACAUGAACAAGGAGGCAGAUGUAGAGCAGAUAAUUCCAGCUACAAUUAAACAUUUUGGCAAACUGGAUGUGCUUGUGAACAAUGCCGGCAUCAUUGAGCUGGGUAGCAUAGAGACCACUUCCUUGGAGCAGUAUGAUCGCAUUAUGAACACCAAUGUGAGAGCUGUCUAUCAAUUAACCAUCCUAGCCACUCCAGAGUUGAUUAAAACCAAAGGUAACAUUGUGAACGUGUCCAGUGUGUGCGGCUUGCGGUCUUUUCCCGGCGUGCUCGCCUACAACGUGUCCAAGUCAGCGGUGGAUCAAUUCACACGUUGUGUGGCUCUGGAACUAGCGUCGAAAGGAGUGCGUGUUAACUGUGUUAACCCUGGCGUGAUUAUCACAGAAUUACAGAAGCGCGGCGGCUUGGAUGAUGAUGCGUACGCCAAGUUUCUAGAACGCUCCAAGGAGACGCAUGCAUUGGGUCGCCCGGGAGAGGUGGGCGAGGUGGCUGCAGCCAUCGCAUUCUUGGCCAGCGAAGAUGCCAGCUUCUCGACGGGUGUCAACUUGCCCGUCGAUGGGGGUCGUCAUGCAAUGUGCCCGCGUUGAAGAUGGCAGAGAAGUUCCAAUAGAAACUAAUGAACUCCAAGUCAAUACCAAUUUGUUGUAUCACAUUAUAUAUAAAAACAAUUGUGCUUUUAACGUUUAUUAGUCUUGUAAAUAUGAUUAAAAUAAAUGCCUUUUUGCUCAA